AUGCGUACUUGGAAAAUGAUGAAGAAAGCGAAUAAAGAUAUGAACGCAACUGAAAAUAAGAAGAAUGCACUAAGAUGGACAGAAGAAAUGGAUGAAGUAUUAAUUGAUGCAUUGUUGGAGCAAGAAGAAAAUGGUAAUAGAGUUGAUGGAACAUUCACCUCUACAGCAUAUUCAAAUGUUGUAAAAAAAUGCACUGAAAAAAUUGGUUAUCCAUUUGAUAAGGACCACAUAAAAAACUGGAUGAAAACCUUGAAACUUAACUUCAAUGCAUUUUAUGAUCUAUUCAAAAAUUUAAGUGGAUUUUCAUGGAGUCCAGAAACAAAAUUGUUCGAGGCAGAACCCGAAGUUUGGAAGGCCCUUAUAGAGGCAAAGCCAUCAGCAUCGAAAUGGAGGCAUACUAAAAUAAAAUUUUAUAAGAAAUUGUAUGAUCUUUUUGCAAAAGAUAGAGCUAAUGGUGAUGGCACUGUAAGUGCAAAAGCAAAAGUUCAAGGAUGGGCAAGAGAUGGAAGUUCGAACCAAGCUAAUAAAAAUUCAAACAAUAAUGAAAAAAAUUCUCCCAUGAGUGCAUCUUCUCAACCAAAUUCAGAAGCUGUUACAUCUUCAAGGGGCACAAAAAGAAAGGAGUCGGUGAUUAAUUUAUUUGAGAAAGAGUGUGAAGUUAUCGGAGGUGGAAUUAACAAAGUAGCAGAGGCAAUCGAGAAGGGAAAUCUUGUUGCGGAAAGAGGGCUUGCAAUUGUAGAAAAAAGAAUUGCUAUUUUUUUGAGAGAGCUCGACCACGUUACUAUUCAGAAGAUGAAGUGUUUGCAGAAUUGUUAA